GCUCACGUGGUAUCUCAGAGAUACAACAAACUUUCUCCUACCGAAGAGUCAAGUGUACCGUAUCAAGAAUCACCGAGGUAGCAUGUUGGAGUCUUCAACUAAUUCUGUGAAAAUUGGUAGAAGCCCAGCAGUUGGUCUAACAGACCAGAAAAUCAAGUGAUGGUUGGACCAAUAUAAAGCAGCAAACCAUAUCAUUGAUAUCACUGAAUUGCUUUACCAUGUUCAAACGCCCGGUCUCAAUCAUGUCAAGUUCAGCAAUUCACUUUCGUUUCCUGUUUGUUUUAGCCAUUCUCGUUGCCCUUGCAAACUCCCAAACUGAUAAACCCAAUCGCAGGGUGCAGUCCAACAAAAACGUUGCCAUGUUCGUGUUUGGAGAUUCACUUUUUGAUCCUGGGAAUAACAACUACGUCCCUUCCACUAAUGCCAGGUCGAAUUUCCCACCAUAUGGGGAGACAUUUUUCCGUUAUCCAACUGGAAGAGAUUGCGAUGGUCGCAUUCUUCCUGAUUUUGCAGCCGCGUAUGCAGGUUUACCAUAUUGGAGAGCUUACUUAGACCCCGAUGAUGACAAUUUUACGGUUGGAGCAAACUUUGCCAGUGCUGGAGCAGGUGCUCUAAUUGAGACAGAUCCCAAUGCGAUUCCCCUUGAAGUACAAGUAGACUACUUCAAAGAAGUCGCAAAUUUGUUGAAGGAUCAGCUAGGUGAAGCAGAUGCGAAAGAGUUGUUGCAAGGAGCCAUCUAUUACUCUAGCAUUGGAGGAGUAGAUUAUGCUUCCUUUAUUUUUACUGCCACUAAUGUUACUGAAUCAUUGGUUGAAGAUUAUGUAAAUAUUGUGAUCGGCAAUAUAACAAAUCAAGUAAAGGAACUAUAUAAAGCAGGUGGAAGGAAAUUCGCAUUUCAAAAUGUUUCACCCCUCGGAUGUUCACCAGAAUCGAAGGAGACGUUCAACGCUACGGGCUGUGUGAAAUCACUACAAAAGAUAGUAACCAUGCAUAAUAAUGCACUAAACAUUGUUGCCGAGGAGUUAGCAAGCGAGUUGCCUGGAUUCAAAUAUUUAAUAUUUGAUUAUUUCAACGCAUUAAUGGAUAGAAUCGAAAACCCAACAAAAUAUGGUUUCAAGGUAGGGGAUGUAGCAUGUUGCGGCAGUGGCUUAUACCGAGGAAUCACUACUUGUGGCAGUUUAACGUCAACAUAUGAACUUUGUAGUGAUCCCAGUGAAUAUGUGUUUUUUGAUGCAGGCCACCCUACCGAAGCCUGCAACAUUCAGUUAAUUGAGUUACUGUGGAACGGAUCGACACAUGUUGUUUGGCCUGUUAACUUGAAAGAACUACUAGAACUUGAGAUCGAGACUGAGAGUUUUUUUGGAAAUAAUGUUGAUCUUUUGAGUCAGCUAAGCUAAUUAAAUUGAUGCGUUUCUUAUGCAAUAUAUCUGGCGGUUGAGUUUGGCUGCCUUUAAUUGUAACGGUUUGCAAUACCUAUUUUAUGAAGGUUUGGUUUGGGAAUACUAUACGGUGUUGUUGUUGUUGUAAGAUUUUUUAUUUAAAAAUAUAAAAUUGUUAAUUUUUU